GCGCCCGGCGCUGGCGGCGGAGCGGGGCGAUGUGGGGCGGCGGGGCGGCCCGGAGCCUCAGCCGCGCCUGCGGGCGGCGGGCGGCGGCCGCGCUGCCGGGGGCGGCGGGCGGUGGCCAUGCUGAUCUGCCCGUGCAGGCAGACCUGAGAGGUACCCUUCAGAACUGCAGCAGCAAAGUACAGCUGACACCCAGCAGUGCUUGGCCUGUCUCUCUGGCUAACAGAAAAAGCAGUGUGGUCACCAUGAAGAGACUUUUCAGCACUUCACACUCAUCAGUGGAUUCAAAGGAGCUGAAAAAAUUCCAGCUCCUCGCACAUAAGUGGUGGGAUGAAGAAGGAGAAUAUUCAGCCCUUCAUUCUAUGAAUGAUAUUAGAGUGCCAUUUAUUAGAGAUACUCUGUUGAACAUGAGUAGUAAUUAUCAUCUGGGAAACCCACUUUCUGGAGUAAAGAUUCUUGAUGUUGGCUGUGGUGGUGGGCUGCUAAGUGAGCCUCUAGGUAGGCUGGGAGCUUCGGUUACUGGAAUCGAUCCUCUGGAGGACAACAUUAGAACAGCAGAUCAACACAAGUCAUUUGAUCCAGUCCUGGCCAAGAGAAUACAGUACAAGUCCAGUUCACUGGAGGAGAUUGUGGAAGAGUGUCUGGAAACCUUUGAUGUAAUUGUAGCUUCUGAAGUAGUGGAGCAUGUUGCUGACCUUGAAAUGUUUAUCAAGUGUUGCUCUCAGGUGUUAAAGCCUGGAGGUUCUUUAUUCAUUACUACAAUCAAUAAAACGCAGUUGUCCUAUGUCCUGGGAAUCGUGGUUGCAGAAAAAAUAAUAGGCAUUGUGCCAGAAGGAACACAUGAGUGGGAGAAGUUUGUUCCCCCUGAAGAGUUGGAGAGCCUCCUGGAAUCAAAUGGCUUCUCAGUCAAGACUGUGAAUGGGAUGUUGUAUAAUCCCCUCUCGGGGUCGUGGAGCUGGAUGGAAAGCACAAGCAUUAACUAUGCAAUGCACGCUGUGAAGUUGGGAGUGCAGGGACAGUCAGGGCCACCAGAUGCCCUGUCAGAGAUGGAAAGUGAGCAGCCCUCAGCCACAGCUGGCACUGCCCUCUGACUCUCCUAGAUGUGUGGGGAUGGACUGCCACCAGCAACAGAAAACAAGGUUUCACCCAGAUGGGCAUAAUAAAACCCUUUUUUAACAACAAGCUUGCUGUUUGCAUUAAUAGUGAUUAUGCUAUUUUUGGCACAGUAUUUUAGGGCAGUCUCAGUGAAAAAAACAAGUGCCCAUUAUCUUAGGAAUAAUUUAAGACUAAAAUGAGCAAAGCUUUUAAAGAGCAAGUAUUUGUAUAAGAAAGUAGUUUUAAAUUGUUGGACAGGGAAAUGCAAAUUAUUCUGUCAGCAGCUUGGAUGAAGCUCUUUAUGUGAUGGCAUUUUCAGUCCUACUAGAAAACUAGAUCUCCACAGAAUAAUAGUUCAAAUGUAGAAAGUUUAAAAACACAAUAGUGUAUGACAAAUUAAAUGCCUUAGAUAUUUAAAUUACUGAACAGAGUCAAUUAAAAUACAUGAAACACUUAAAAAACACUUGCUUCUGUAUUAUGCCUUUUCCCUGAGGAAAAAAAAAACACCAAAACCAAACAAAAACCCCAAAAAGCAGCAAGCCUGCUCUGUUAGGUCAUGGUGUUUCUACAGUUGAUAUGAACUAACUGCAGUGGUGGAAGAAGAGUCUGGACCAGACUGCUUCAGCUGGCAGAAGCCUCUUCACAAUAAAGGUAUUUUUAUCUGUGCCUGUUAUUUCAUCCAAAUAAACACCCAAGUAAAGGGAAGUUGCAGGUAAAUAUUUGCUAAACAAGCAGAGCUUUAUGCUAAAAAAAAAAUAUACAUUAGAAGUCUGCCCUGGAAUUGAAGUGCUAUAUCUUCUGGUACCAGGUUAAGGAAAAGUGUUGAUCUACAAUGAAACAGGACUUUGUAAAUAAAAUGUCUUGUGUCUGUUCAUGGUA